AUGGGUGGUGAGGCUGCCGAGACCGCGACGGGCGCGCUGGAAGAAGGGAAGCAUAGCAAUGGUGCCACAGAGCCAACUGCGUCUGCUGCGCCUGCUGCUUCAGCUGAGAAGGACCAGGACACCGCGAAGUCGGCCAAGCCUACGAUAGGCGUGAUGAGCACUGGGGAUGCUCAACCGGCUGCAGAAGCUGCAGAUAGGGCGCCGCCUACGGGUUCCAGCCCCAAAAAGAGACGGAAGGUCAACCACGGGCUCAACCUUCUUCUCUUUUUCCCUUCCCUUCCCCUCUCCCUCUCCUUGAUCGUUUUAUAUAUUUUAUUCAACGUCUAUUCUCCUAAUGCCGCUGCCGCUGCCCUUCUUUUUCUUUUCUUUUUCUUAAUUUCUUCAUUUCUUUUCUUUAUCUGCUUGCUUUUUUGUUCCAUGGCGCGCAUCGGAACAUGCGUCUACUGCCGUCGAUCGGUGAGCUUCCAAGAUCUCCUUUCAUCAUCGUACUUUCUUGACUUAUUUUUUUUUUUUUUUUUCUUAUCGCUUCCCACACUUUAUCCCACCUACCAUGUUGUCUCCCUUCCAUUCCCCAGGGCUCAGGGGGCCCUCGCUAUAGGCAAUCUGUUUUGCAUGCUGGAUUUGGCUGUACAGGAUAAGAAGAUUUGGCUAACCAUAGAUCACCAUCUUCGCCGCUGUAUAAAACGCAACAUUGGUCAUCUGUGUCAUGACAAACCUCGUGAACCUACCAAACGCGUGAAGAACGACACAGAAGGCACAGCUGCUGCCACCUCUGUAGCUGACGAGAGUACAACUGCGAACAAUGAUUUUGAGGGUAAAGGCAUGUCGCAGACUAUUGAUGGACGUGACACCCUAGACGACCCAAUACUACCCGAUACAGGGCUUUCUAUGCAACCGCCUGCCUUGACUUCUUCCUCCCAGAGCGCUCGGCCGCAGGACAUAGCCGCUUCCGGUCCGAAUAUCGAUAUUGGCCAACAAGGCUUAAUGGGUUAUAACAACGAAUGGCGGCUUGGUGGGCAAAACAGCCAGUUUCAAGAUAUCCAUUCCUUCCACCCAUCUUACAUGUUCAACGCCCCCGAAUUCACCAACGAGUAUAACCUGCUCAACGACUUUCUCAGCACCAGUCUCCUAGACGACGGAUCAAUGUUCCCCAAUGACGAGGCACGGGGUCUCUACUCCGACAUGUCUCUCCUAAAUUCCAUGGCCACGAAUCUUUCACGGAAUAAUGAAGGAUACCCACAACAACAACAAUCUUCCACAAUAUCACCGUCGCAGUUUAUCAACCCGUCACAGGCAUCCCAAGGAGGCUCUAUACAACGGCCCAACAGCACUGUUGGAAAUGACAAGGCCAAGGAGACGUAUUACAUGACUGCAGCUGACCCUUCCGGCACUGACCCUCCAGAAGAACGUAUGAAUAAACUUCUUAAGGCAAAAUACGAUGCCGGCCUACUCAAGCCGUUUAACUAUGUAAACGGUUAUGCUCGGCUAAACAAGUACAUGGAAGAGCACCUACAGCCUAGCUCCCGGCAAAAAAUUCUUCGUCAGCUAGAUAAAUUCCGUCCUGCAUUCAGAGAGCGUAUGCAUGCUCUUACCGAUAUCGAACUAGUCCUAGUUGAGAUGUGGUUUGAGCGAAGUUUGAUGGAGUACGACCGUGUCUUUGCAAGUAUGGCCAUACCGGCCUGUCUAUGGCGAAGAACAGGACAGAUAUUCAGAGGAAAUCAGGAGAUGGCCCAGCUGAUAGAUGUACCCAUGGACUCAUUGAGAGAUGGUAAACUUGCUAUUCAUGAAAUAGUGGUUGAAGAUCAACUCGUUAGCUACUGGGAGAAAUUCGGUGCCAUUGCGUUCGACAGUUCGCAAAAGGCGAUGCUUACAAGCUGUACGCUUAAGAGCCCUGACCCGAACAGUCCAAAGAAGAACAUUCCCUGCUGUUUUUCCUUUACCAUCCGCCGAGAUAACCAUAACAUGUAA